AUGCCGAGAUCGUGCUGCAGCCACCCAGGGGCCCUGCUGUUGGCCUUGCUGCUUCAGGCCUCUGUGGAAGUGAGUGGCUGGUGCCUGGAAAGCAGCCAGUGUCAGGACCUCACCACGGAAAGUAACCUGCUGGCGUGCAUCCGGGCCUGCAAGCCUGACCUCCCGGCCGAGACGCCCGUGCUCCCCCGCAGCCGCGACGAGCAGCCGCUGACCGAGAACCCCCGGAAGUACGUCAUGGGCCACUUCCGCUGGGACCGCUUUGGCCGCCGGAACGGCAGCGCGGGCCAGAAGCGCGAAGAAGAGGAGGUCGUGGUGGGCGAAGGCCGUGCCCCGCUGCGCGCGGGCGGCCCGGAGCUCCGCGGCGAUGGCGGCGAGCCCGGUCCCCGCGAGGGCAAGCGCUCCUAUUCCAUGGAGCACUUCCGCUGGGGCAAGCCUGUGGGCAAGAAGCGGCGCCCGGUGAAGGUGUACCCCAACGGCGCCGAGGAGGAGUCGGCCGAGGCCUUCCCGCUCGAGUUCAAGCGAGAGCUGGCCGGGGAGCGGCCUGAGCCGGCGCUCGGCCCCGAGGGCGCGGCUGAGGGCUUGGCGGCCCUGGCCGACCUGGAGUACAGCCUGGUGGCGGAGGCCGAGGUGGCGGAGAAGAAGGACGACGGGCCCUACAAGAUGGAGCACUUCCGCUGGGGCAGCCCGCCCAAGGACAAGCGCUAUGGUGGCUUCAUGACCUCCGAGAAGAGCCAGACCCCCCUGGUGACGCUGUUCAAAAACGCCAUCAUCAAGAACGCCCACAAGAAGGGCCAGUGAGGGUGCCGCGGGGCCAGAGGCUUCUCUCCCCAGGAAGUCUACCCUAAGGGCCCCCUCUCCUCGCCUGCCCUCCCGCCGCCUCCCGGCCUGGGUGUGCUCCUCGCUCAGGCCCUGAUGGCCCGAUAGUCCGCCUCUUCAAGCUGUCUGUAGUCAGGAAAUAAAACCUUUCCA